UUUCUCCUGUGCGCUUCGGGGCAGUGGGUUGUGUUGGGGGGGCGGCGGCGGCUGGAGUCCUGAUGGGCGCCGAGCCCCCCUCUGGGACUGCCUGGAGGGAGGCUUUGGCUCCUCCGUCGCUGGGCUCCUUGGCAGGGCGGGGGAUAGGGGGUCUCUCCCCUCCCGCUCGGGUUGAGCCUGCACGGCUCCUGCGCAGGAGAGCGGGAUUGGCUUGCGCGGCGCGGAUCUCGGGGGGUGUCCUUGCCCUUGGUUUCCCCCCCUCUCUGUGGGGGGAUUGACCGCGGCUCUGGGGGCCGCCAGGCACAAGGCUGUCGCAGUUAGCGUCCUGUCGGUCAGGCGGGCGGGCGAGCGAGCGAACGAGCAGGCAGCCCUUGGGGCGAUGUAAUCGGAGCGGGCGAUCGUGGAGCGCCGGGGGGGGGGGGAAGCGACUCAACCCUCCCUCGCGACUCCCCUGCCGGGCAGAUGCACCACAAGCCGGAGUUUGUGGUAGAGAGAGGUGUCCUAGACUCGGACCAGGAUCUUAUGACAACAGUUAAAAUCUGUCAGAUACAAACUUCCAAGACUGACAAAUCCAUGAGUGGGAAUCGAUCUCUGAAGAAACGAUGUGGGGAAAUACAGUUGGAGUCCCCUGUGCGAUAUGGUCAUAUUCCUUCUGCAGGAUGUUCUUUAAACAAGUUGAUUCAGUUGCCUACACCUCCCUUGUCAAAGCACCAGCUAAAACGUUUAGAAGAACACAAGUAUCAAAGUGCUGGACGGUCACUGCUUGAGCCUCUCAUGCAAGGUUAUUGGGAAUGGCUGGUUAGAAGAGUACCAGCUUGGAUUGCUCCCAAUCUGAUUACAAUAGUUGGACUGAUAAUAAACAUCUGUACAACAGUAAUAUUAGUGUAUUACUGUCCAACAGCUACAGAGCAGGCACCUACUUGGGCAUAUAUUGCAUGUGCUUGUGGCCUUUUCAUAUACCAGUCUUUGGAUGCUAUAGAUGGGAAACAAGCAAGAAGAACAAACAGUAGUAGCCCUUUGGGAGAACUUUUUGACCAUGGCUGUGAUUCCCUGUCCACAGUCUUUGUUGUUUUGGGAACGUGUAUUGCUGUGCAACUGGGGACAAAUCCUGACUGGAUGUUCUUCUGUUGUUUUGCUGGGACGUUCAUGUUUUACUGUGCACACUGGCAGACCUAUGUCUCUGGAACAUUGCGCUUUGGAAUAUUUGAUGUUACAGAGUCUGAACUCUGUAUUAGCAUAAUUCAUCUUCUCACAGGAACCCUGGGACCCGGGUUCUGGAACGGCACGAUUCCAGUGGUAAACAUCCCAGUGAAAAUACUACCAGCUCUUUGUACUGUAGCAGGAACCAUAUUCUCAUGUACAAACUACUUUGGUGUGAUCUUCACAGGUGGUGUCGGCAAAAAUGGAUCAACUAUAGCAGGAACAAGUGUCCUUUCACCAUUUCUUCACAUUGGAUCAGUCAUCACACUAGCUGCCAUGAUCUACAAGAAAUCUGCUGUGCAACUCUUUGAAAAACAUCCUUGCCUCUACAUACUGACAUUUGGAUUCGUUUCUGCUAAAAUAACAAACAAACUAGUGGUUGCACAUAUGACCAAAAGUGAGAUGCAUCUGCAUGACACAGCAUUCAUAGGCCCAGCACUCUUGUUCCUUGACCAAUAUUUUAAUAGCUUUAUUGAUGAGUAUAUUGUACUUUGGAUUGCCAUGAUCUUUUCUCUUUUUGACUUGCUCCGAUACUGUGUCAGUGUAUGCAAUCAAAUUGCUUCCCACCUUCACAUCCACGUCUUCAGGAUCAAGACCUAUUCCACAUACUCUAAUCAUCACUAGAUAACCUGGCUGUUGUCGCAAUAAGAACCGUUUUCUACUGGAGAGGAUAUAGACAUACUGAGGAGACUAUGGAAACUGGAGCAGAUAGGAACAAAUCUAAUUUAUAAUAAUGUUGUAUUACUUUUACUGUUUGUUACUGAUGACACUCCUUAGCUAGCCUCCUCGAAUGAAAGGGGAAUCCUAAGCACUCUCCAGACAAACAUGCAGAUUGUUCACGCCACUGGUGAUGUGCCCAGGAAAGCAUGCAGAGAGUAUAAAGCUUUGUCUUUGUAAUUCCCUUGGCCACAGAAUAAACUCUUGGGUAAAUGGAUUCCCAACAACAGGAGCUUCUAACAUGGUGUAAUUACAAGCUGUAAGACAAUUUACAUUCUAAUUUUAACAAAUCAUCUCUUAGUAAAAUACUCAUUUAAUACCCAGUCAAAAAUAAUUACUAGAAUGUUGAGCUUGUGUGACACACAGAUAUUCCACUAGCUUUAGUGGCUGGCAUGUCUUGGACUUUUGAGUCAAUUUUGAUCUCAUUAUUCACCUGUUGCUGAUAACUUAAGGUAGAUUUUAAGAGGCCAAAGUGACAUCUCACGUUUCUCCCA